AUGAAUUCGCCUGAGACCUACCAUUCUGGAGUCGCCACCCUAAGCAGCAUAGCGAGCAGCACCAGCAGCGAUUUGGAAGGCUAUGGAAAACAAAGGAUCCGGCCCAUCGUCAUCGGCACCGUUACUACCGAGGAAGAAGACUACCACGCUGACGACAUAAACGGAAGAGUCAACCUCCAAGUAGGCGAACAGCGCUUCGUAACCACCAAAGACACCCUUCUCCAAGCCGACUACUUCCGGUCCCUGCUCUUAUCCCCAUGCUCCUGCAAACGCCAACGCGACGGAAGCUACUUCAUUGACGCCGACCCGGAGCUCUUCAACCACAUCCUGCGAUACCUGCGCCGCGGCAUCCGCCCGGUAUUCUGGGAUCUAACUAAGGGGCACGACUACGUGCAGUACAACGCCUUGCUCGAGGAAGCGCGAUAUUUCGGCGUGAGAGAACUCGUCAGCUGGAUCGAGAGGCAGGAGUACCACGAUGUGGUCAGUGUCGAGACCACGGUGUUGAGGCCGCGGUUGACGUAUGAUCGGGCUACGCUGAUUGGGCCUGUGGGGAAGGUGGUGGCGGAGGGGCGCCUGGUGGAUGAUACGGCGCAGCAUGUGGAUGUGCAGACGCAUAUGGGUGAGGAUGGGAAGUUGUGUAGGGCGGUGGCGGUGAAGAAGAAGGUUAAGUACCAUGGCGAAAAAUGCCGGAGACCCUGA